GGUGUUACCAUAGUGAUUUUGUGCCAGCGGUGUGAGAGGAAGGCGAUCGAACGUAAAAUGGCGGCCGGGAAUCCACUUCUCACGCUCGAGCGAAUGCUGAAUGGCAAAACCACGUUAAAAACACAGAAAACCACACACAAGAACAUAAUAUGUAUUGGCACCGAACUUCUUGAUGAGCUUCGUAGAGUGAUGCAAGAGGACAAAGAUCAAGCUAUAAGAGAUGCUCUCAAUGCAGCAGAGGCCAAGGCACAGGAGGACAGAAAGCAAGCAUUGGAAGAACUUCGUAAAAAAAUGAAUGAAGAGAGAGAGCAAUGUCUGGAACAAGCAAGAAUUCGUGCUGAGGAGCAAAUGGCAGAGAUCAGAUACCGGUGCGAAAUUGCAGAGAAGAAGCGGGCACGUCUUGCUUGGGAAAAGUACAUGAAAGAGAAGUCUGAUGCCUUGAAGGAGGCAGCUGAGAGAGCUGAGCUGGAAAAACAGGAGGCUUUGCAUAACCUCACUGAAAGCUUGACUAGGGAAUUACGCAAUGAGGCAGCUCUUGAGCGAGAACAGGCUGUAGGUGAUGCAUUAGCAAUUGCUCGGAAAAACUUUGAGAGAAGAAGGAAAGAAGUAAUUGCACAGACUCGUCAGCAGUGUGAGGAAGAGGCAGCCACUGAAGCGAGUCGUGUUGCACGGCUACACCAACAGGAAGUUGGUGCUCUGGACCAAAGGAUAGAUGAUCUGAAAAAUAUGCUUGCUAGUGAAAGAGCUGCUGCAAAAAAACUUGCUGGUGUGCAUUUGGCACUCAAGGAAGACUACAAACGAUUCCAAAACAUCACCAGAGGCUACCACUCGGACUACCUGUUGUCUUGACAACAGCUGAAAACAGUGAAAUAGAACAAUGUAUAUAUGGGCAACAAAUAGAGUAUUUAGAUAAAAAAUAGUUUGUUAGGGUGUGGCCCAUCUUACCAAGACCACCCUUGACAGUUUUAUGAAGUAAUGGAACACCGUUGAAGGAUGUACUAUUUGACUGACAGGAACUUCACUAGUCAACCAGCACGAAAAAAUAUCUCAUUAAGCAUCAGAGCUCAAUAGAAUCCCCCUAUAUAAGGUCCAUGUCUAUCAAAUCGGUAGUUUGCUUUUAGAUAGUUUCAGAGAUGGACUCUAAAAAAUGAAGACAUUCUAUUAUACUGGAAACUAUAUUAUAUAAGGGGGUUGCAUAUUGUGUAUAUUAUGUAUAUAGUUUUUGAAGUGAAGGUGAAGAAAAAGUGGUUCUGAUUUGAUGAA